ACCAAUAGUUCGGUUGUCAGCGCGCACGUGGAUAUGUGUGCAACUUGUUUCAGUUCUCUCUCCCAUCUUUAUAGUUUUAUUUGAGGGAAUUCUUCGUUAUUGCAGUCAUGUCCUUCUUCAUCAGAGGCGCACCAUCUAAGAAAAAGAAACCCCUGGGCAAAAAGGAUUCCAAUAAUGGCAAGCCCAAGCGAGAUAUGAGCAUUGCUGCCAGCAACAAGAUUAGGAAAAAGAAGUCGAAACUGAGUGAAGAGAUUGUCAGCGAUUCUUCUGAAGAUGAAAUUGAAACCCCAGCUAGCAAGAGGAAGUUGGAACCUUCGUCUUCCGAAUCAGAGGAGGAGGAGACGGCUCAAGAAAAGCGGCUACGACUGACCAAGCAGUACUUGGCACAGCUUGAGGAAGAAGAAAAAGACAAUGAGGAGACCAAAGACAUUGAUAGAGAUGCCAUCUCACACAGGCUCCGGGAGGAGGUGCUUGAGCAGAGUGGUAAGCUUCAGAAGAAGGUGGCCCAAGAUUAUGACUUCCAAGCUACCCCCGAGAUGGCCGUACUCAGAGGUCACCAGCUAUCGGUAACCUGUCUGGUCAUCUCGUCGGACAACAAACACGCAUACAGUGGCUCAAAGGACUGCUCCAUUAUCAAAUGGAAUCUUGAGUCAUGUCGCAAGGAGUUUGUCAUACCGGGGGGCAGAAAGGGGACCGAAGACACACACAAAGGCCAUACGACCCACGUCCUAGCUCUAGCAAUCUCCAGCGACAAUAGUUUCCUAGCCUCUGGUUGCCGGAGUAAAAUCAUCCAUGUAUGGAACCCGGGGAACGGCGAGCUUUUACACACCUUCAGGGGCCACAGAGAUGCUGUAUCAGGUCUGUCAUUUCGAAAAGGGACUCACACAUUAUACAGUGCCUCACACGACCGCUCCGUCAAAGUGUGGAAUCUAGAUGAAAUGGCUUACGUGGAAACAUUAUUUGGACAUCAGGACAGUAUCAUGGCCAUUGACAGUCUGACCAGAGAGCGAGCAGUCACAGCAGGAGGGAGAGACAACACGCUACGUGUCUGGAAGAUCAUUGAAGAAUCACAGCUCAUCUAUAACAGCCCAGGGGGUUCUGUAGACUGCAUAAAGCUCAUCAACGAGGAACAUUUUAUCAGCGGAAGUGAUGACGGGUCCAUUUCGUUAUGGAGCGUUCUGAAGAAGAAGCCGGCUGCAGUGGUGAAGAAUGCUCACUCCAAACGCUUUGACACCAUCACCAACGGUCAGUCGCAGACGCAAAACACUGUCUAUCCCAAGGAAGAGAACUGGAUUUCAUCUGUUGCUGCAUUACAGAGUAGUGAUUUGCUGGCUUCAGCAGGUUCUAAAGAUUCCAAGAUCCGCCUUUGGCAGUGUUCGGACGGCUACCGGUCCUUACAGCCCCUUGCUAGCAUAGACAUUGUCGGCUUUGUCAACGCGAUGCAGUUUACCAGCGACGGUAGUCUACUUGUGGCCGGUGUGGGGCAGGAGCACCGACUAGGAAGAUGGUGGCGGCUGAAAAAUGCCAGGAAUAGCAUUGUCAUCAUUAAACUGAAGAAAAAAGCCGACGGGAAACAGUGACGGGCAACCAGGGGUUGUAGGAAUCUUCAAGGCAUAUAUGAUCAUUCGCUUUACUCAUAUUUUAGUUAUUUCCAAAAAUAACAUCACUUCAAAAUUUAAUGAAGAAUGUUGAAAACCUAACCUGAUGAAGUUUCAGCUAAGCGGCUUUUACGCUUUUUGAGAAAACAGUGCAAAAAUCAUGCACAACGCGAUUUCGUCCAUAGCACUCUGUAUGUAUUUCCCAAAAUCAGUCCAUUGACUGAUCAUUGGAAAUCGCCUACGUUUCUUGAUUUCUUCUAAACAACAGCAAGCCAGAUGAAUAAUUUCACAGGGUGUUUAGUACCAGUAUAAUCUU